UAACAAAACAGUCCGUCCGUCGCCUCGCCACCCGCUCGGCAAAGAACGGAGAUUACUUAACGUGAUUUUUGGGUGUUUUAUUCCGGAAAAUAACUCGUUCCAGACACUAUGCGAACCACGGCCACCCUACUAAAGGCUCGGUUGCCUCAGCUCGAAAAACAGGUUCCUUUCCAGGAAAUACUACCUCUCCGGCUGAAGAACCAAGUCAGCGGGAAAACCGAUAAGGGCAGCGAUGUUGCAUGCUUGCAGGAGAUGGCCGUUAUGUUUUCCUGCCUCAAAGCAAACGAAUUCAACGAGGAUCUCUGUCCGAAGGAAGUGUCCACAUUCAAAAAAUGCUACAAGGUGUAUAUCGACAAGAAGGUAGUUAAGAAGGAAACUUCCAGCAAAGGUAUUCUAGUUCCGGGUAAGGACCUGAACUACAAGCAACUGAACAAGGUGCUGAAGCAGUUUCCGAGUCAACCUAAGAAACCUUAGAGGGAACUUUUGUUGUUGAUUAGUUGUAUAAUAAAAGCGAGUACCACAAA